UGUGGGAACAGCUGAUAAAUAAUUUAUUACAUUUGAAUCUCCACAUUUUAAACUGUUGUAAUUAAAAAUUGCAUGUAAUAAAUGGGUCGUUCGAAAGGUCGUCUGCGGAGAUUGUUGUCUUUAUAUUCGGAUAACAUCUGCUCGAUUCUCAUGAAGACUUCCGCUUACAGGAGGUACUGCCUGAAGAUGGCUAGGGUGGCUUUUUGGGCUGUUUUAGUCAUUCUUGUGGCGCUGUUUAUCAGUUAUUAUUUGGAUACUCCAGUCCCGGAGGAUAUCCCCGAGCAGUUAACGGUGAAAAUUAUAGAUGCAUCAAUGCGGACAUACAAACAUUUGAUAGAUGGCAUGGUGAAAUUAGGUCUGACGAACUACUUUUCGCCUCUCGACAGGAAGAUUGCAGACUGGUUUAUACUAGCACAGAUGACCGGUCAACCUUGGGGGUUGUCCCUAACUGCUGACCAAACCUUAAGGAUAAACGACACAAGAAUUGCUGGUGUUCGUGUUGUUCUUUAUGAGCCAGUGUCUACUUACAGAUCUGAUGAUAGACCUGUCUUAAUUUUCAUGCACGGAGGAGGCUGGAGUACAAUGUCAGUCGAUAGUUAUGAUCCUCUCAUUAGGAAAAUAUCUCGAGAAAGUGGCGUUGUUAUUAUCUCAAUCAAUUAUCGCCUAAGUCCAGAAUUCCCAUACCCCGCACCUUUGGAAGACUGCAUAAAGGUUGUGAAAUAUGUCACAGAUCGUACUGAAGAGUUCCGAAUAGAUCCAUUCCGCGUUGCUAUUGGCGGUGACAGUGCCGGUGGAAACAUGGCGGCAUCUAUAGCACUGCACAUGCGUGAAGUCAUAGCCAUGCAGUUUUUAAUAGUGCCAUGUCUACAAUUUUUAGACUUCAAAACAACGUCUUUCGUGGAAAACACGUACUAUUUUCAUGACAGUAUCAAUAAUCCAUUAUCAGUGGUGUUCGUUACAAACUAUCUUGGAGUGUCUCCCGUGCACUAUGAGGACUUCUUGAAAAAUAACCACACAUCUCUGACCCUUAAACGAUCUCAAUUUGCAGCUAUGGUGGACCAAAGAAUCUGGAUGAAGUCAGAAUAUGUAAGAAAUAAAUCUCUUAUAGAGAACUUAAAUACUAAUGCCGACUUCGGAAACGAGGUUUUGUCAAACAGGAUUGAAAAAGUUUUAACAGACCCGUUUGCAGCACCGCUUAUGGCCAAUGACUCGUUGCUAGGAAACCUACCGGAAGCCUAUAUUGUCACGUGCGGGUACGACUUUAUCCGUGACGAUGGGGUUAUGUACGCAGAGCGACUAAACACUGCGGGAACCAAAGUAAUCCACAGACAUUACAGAACUGGUUUCCAUCAUGCAUGGUUCUUUCCACAUGGACCGCUGAAAAUUGGCGUAGCUGUGAAUAUUGUAUCAGACCUGGUAAAAGCUCUCAGAAAAAGGCUUUAGGUAGUUCUUAAAUUAUUCGAUCAUUUAUUACGCUGGCAGAAUUUUCAACCUACUUUUGAAAAAAAAAAGAUAUGAAAGUCUGAAAUAUCAGAAAAUGCCUGAUUUUUAGUAUUGAUAACGUUCUUUACACAUUAUUUAAUAAGUAAUUCAGCGAAUACCCUUGCGAAACAUGUCUUACUAUAGUUUUCUCGAGUUUAUGAUAUUAUACAGAAAACUUUCUUUCAUUCAAGUUGGAUUAUUUUCAAAAUAGAGGUAAUACAUUUAAAAUAUACACAUCAAAAUAAUUUAAAUCGCUGUUUUUAUCGAGUUUAAGCUUAUUUAGAAAAUUCUUUUAUUGCCUUGAGUGAUUUAAAAAGACAUAACGGACUAAAUUAACUUUAGAACAAUGUUGGGUUUAAAACACGAUUAGAGAAGAACCAGAAUUGAUGCAUAUCAAGACUGGACUUUGCUAUUAUAAGAAUGUUGACGAAGAGAUACUUAAAAUCGGAAAUGGUAUACCAUGGAUAUUAACUUUAAUUGAGACGUUAUACUUUACGAACCCAACGGCAAAGUUCAUUUGAUCUCAUUAACCACAUUUUCAUUGUAAUAUUUCAUCGUAUUUAUUAUCAUUUAUAACUAUAUACAUAAUCAUUAAUAUCUUAUAUCGAGGGCUGAACGGAAAACUAUCGUAACUCCUUUAUUUUAUAUGAGAUACGACAGUUUUCUUUUUAACCACCGACCUAUACUCGAAUCUAUGUUAUGCAAAAGUGCUAUGAAUUUUCCUAACAACUUUAAUUUUUUUCUUCUGAUCGUAACAGUUGAGAUUUUGUAACAAGAGUAAACUCAUCAAAAUGUAUUGUUAAUUAGUGUCUUAAUUAGUUUUGGCUCGAUUGUGUAGAACACUUGAUGGUUUGUGGAAUCGCUCUCGAGCCCAUAUGUCGGUGCAAUAUGAGUGCAAUAUAGAUGUGUAAUUUUCUGAUGUUGACGAAUAAAAACUGUUACAGUAACUUUCAA